UGAUAAACGUUGUCACAUUACAAGCAAUCUGCAAGAGAACGUUUUGAAACGUUUUCUAAAUUUUGUACACAUUAAUUACAUACAAUAUUAUGUUUUGAGAAUUUUUUGGAUUACCCGUUAUAUAAACUAGUGGUCUCUAAUCAUAUUUUGUGAUCAAAGUGUAUUGUAAUAUAAAAUAUUUGCUACGAAUGUACACAAAGUAAUGAGAGAAGUGCAAGAAUAAUUCUGAAUUUAAUUAAUUACGUCAAUUUGAUAAAUAUUUGCUUAUAAAUCUAAUAAAUUUAUAUCAGAGAGAAGAAGAAAAGAAUAAUAUUGUAUAUUAAAGUAAUUCUAUUUUAUUUAAUACAAUACGUAUGUGCAAUUAAUAUAAUAGCCUCGAUAAAUACUUGUGAGGAUUAUAAAUAUUAUAAAUAUUAUUGAUUCUCUCAUCAAAGCGCAAAGCAUGAAAAUCAAUAUGCCUUAUAUCGAGGCAAUCGAUUGCGAUUCCAAAACGAAAUCUAAUCUUCAGUUGGCUAAAGUUUCGGAAGAUUAUGCGAUUAAAUCGAAAGUUGCGUGUUCGAUCUGGUUAGAAAAGAAAAAUGAUCAAUCUACCAGGAUGUUGGCUCGCUUUCUUAGCACUCGAGAUCAAGAUCAAGCAACAAAUGCUGAAGAUGUUUUGUUUGAUAUGUUUAAAAACGAAGAGACUGGCCUCGUAUCGGUGGGAAAAUUUCUAGCUGCUUUAAGGAUAACGGGCUUGCGAAAGAAUGAUCCUCGUCUGCAAGAACUUACGGAUAAUCUGAAAAAGGAGCACGCAAAGGCAGGUCAUGAAAAUAUAUCACACGAAACGCAAAAACUAGAUAGAGAACAAUUUAGAAGGGUUAUAAAUCCUAAUAUCGUACUAAUCUCUCGGGCGUUCAGGCAUCAGUUCAUAAUUCCCGACUGGGCGGGUUUCACGAAGCAUAUAGAAGAUUUUUAUUGGAAAUGCAAAACGAACACCGAGGGCAAGGUCGCUUCCUAUAUACCUCAGUUAGCCAGAAUGAAUCCGGAAUACUGGGGCGUCUCUGUGUGCACCAUUGACGGCCAGCGAUUCAGUAUCGGUGACACUUCAAUACCGUUCACCCUUCAAAGUUGCAGCAAACCUUUAACUUAUGCGAUUGCCUUGGACAGAUUGGGUCCGGAAGUGGUACAUCAAUACGUUGGCCAAGAGCCGUCCGGUAGAAAUUUUAACGAGCUCGUGCUCGAUCAUAAUAAAAAGCCACACAAUCCAAUGAUCAACGCCGGGGCAAUACUGAUUUGCUCGCUUUUGAAAACAUUAGUCAAACCAGAAAUGGGACUGGCAGAGAAAUUCGAUUUUACAAUGAACUACUUUAAAAGAUUGGCUGGUGAGGAGAAUCUGGGCUUCAACAACGCCGUCUUCUUAUCAGAACGAGAAGCAGCCGAUCGAAAUUACGCUUUAGGAUUUUACAUGAGGGAGCACAACUGUUAUCCAGACAAGACGAAUUUGCGCGAUAUUAUGGAUUAUUAUUUCCAGUGUUGUGCUAUGGAAGGGAAUUGCGAGACGAUGGCGGUGAUGGCAGCUACACUAGCAAACGGUGGCAUAUGUCCGAUCACUGAAGAAAAAGUCUUAAAACCGGAAAGCGUUCGAGACGUAUUAAGUCUUAUGCACAGCUGCGGCAUGUAUGACUAUAGCGGACAAUUCGCAUUCAAAGUUGGCAUACCAGCGAAAUCCGGUGUGUCGGGAAGUCUUCUGGUGGUAAUACCAAAUGUCAUGGGAAUAUGCACGUGGUCUCCACCCUUGGAUCCGCUUGGAAAUUCCUGUCGCGGUGUGCAGUUUUGCGAAGAGCUCGUAAGCGAAUUUAAUUUUCACAGAUAUGAUAACUUGAAGCAUGCGACGAACAAGAAGGAUCCUAGACGGCACAAAUAUGAGACGAAAGGUCUCUCGAUCGUUAAUCUUCUGUUUAGCGCUGCCAGCGGUGAUGUCACAGCGAUGAGAAGGCACCGAUUGAGCGGGAUGGACAUGACUCUAUCCGACUACGAUGGCAGAACCGCAUUGCACUUGGCCGCCAGCGAAGGUCAUCUGGAUUGCGUCGAGUUUCUCAUCGAGCAUUGCGGAGUCCCACACGAUCCCAAGGACAGAUGGGGCAAACGACCAGUUGACGAAGCCGAGACUUUCGGACAUAUGCAGGUGGUAGAAUAUUUAAAUAACUAUGCUCUCGCUCACGAAACCGAGCUGGAGAACAAACAGAACGAAUGUAUCGAUGACAACAACGACUCUUGUUCUAAAAAGCAAGAAACAGCGAUGCAAUCGCCAUUACCGUGAACAAUAAUGUGUAGCAAAUUGUGUGAACUGGAGAACGAAAGCGGGAACAAAGCUAUCGAAUUAGGAAAAUACAUUUUCAAAUAAUGUAAAUAUACUUUUCAUUUUUUUUUUAUUUUAAACAACAUAUAAUACAGAUUUGCAUAUCAUUAUUUAUAUAAUUAUUUGCCGAUUGCAUGCAUUUUUUUUAGACAAUAGUGUACGAAUGAAUUAAUAUGAAAUUUUUAUAUAAGAGUUUACAUCUAUCUCCCUCUCUCAAUCUUAAAGAUACAAUAACGUGAAAUAAUUUUAUCUGUAAUUUCCAAGAUUCAUUAGAGCCGUAUAUGAUCUCGUUUUACUUACACGCGAUGUAGUUGGUUGAGCAGCACAGAUUAACGACAACAAAAUUUUUUUCUUUUUGGAAUAAAUUUUGACAUUUCAUCAUCCACUCUCACAUUUUAAAUAUAUGAAUAUGAUAAAAAUUUUCGAUUCACAUAUCAGAUCAAUAAAAGAAUAAUGAAGUAUUAUACGGUCUUAAAAUUUGAUAAAAUAUUCUUUGCACGAUUAUUUUUUGAAUAGAUUAUAAAAUCUCAAUUUUUACAUUGUAUGGUACAUAAACUUUUUUUAAUUUUUAAUUAUAUUGUUUAUAAUAUUAAAGAAUACGUAUGACAAGACAGGAAUAAAUUCUCUUGUCUUUUCAUACAACCUUUCCGUUUACCUUCAAAACGGAAGAAGAGAGAGAGCUAUUUUAAGAAUAAAUUUUUUUAAUUGACUUGUUCAAUAAUGCAUGGCGAGACAGGGAAGUAUAUUUAAAAUUGAAAAGAGAUACGAUUUAUACUUUAAAAUGCAAGUUCUAUAAAAUUGGGAUUAUUUAGCACAUUCUUUUUAAUAUUUUCAUAUUUUUUUAGUUUUAGGGAAAUAAACGAUUUCACAUUUAAAUUUAUAUUUACUUUAAAUAGUAGGACAUCAAUGAUUUUCUCGUCAGUUAGAUAUUGACAAUUGAUAGAAUAUUUUAUCUUAAUAUAGCGGCGCUUGUUAUUCAUCUAAACAUACAAGUAACAAUUUGUUCUUCUACAAUGGUGCAUGAAAUACACGCGGAUAACGAUUUAAUAGGGAAAUACAGAUAUUAUCUCCUGAAAAUUCUUCGUAAUAAAUCGCGCGCAUGAAUCGUGCGUUAACAUAUCUUUCUAAAUGUAUUUCUCAACGCGUUUUAGAGAUAUUCUUCAUAGAUAGAAAAUAUUAUAUCCGUCUUAGAAAUGUUUAUUUCGCAAGCGUCCACUGCGAAAAAAACUUCAAAAAGUAAAUAUAAAUAUAUAUAUCACAUAGACACACAAUGUAUAUAAAUAUUACAUAUAUUAUCUUAUAAACAAGUUUCCCUUUUCUUUAAUUUAUAGGAAGAUUUUAUAUUUAAAAACUUAUAAAAUUUAGAUUAUAUUUAAAAAUAUUUAUUUUAUAUUAUCUCAUUAUCUUUUAAUUUUUACGUCGCGAACAAUGAAAAAAUGGGCAUUGACGUGAGAGAAAAUGCGUAAUACUAUUAAGAUAUAUUUCUGAAAUAUUAUCAGCUACGAUACAUAGAAAUAUGUACUGUUCUUAGUUUAAAUUGUCGUAUAACGCCAAUUGGAGUGUGUAUAAUUACUUCUCAGUACAUGAGCGAUUACUUCUUAUCGGCUGUUAUCGAUAUCGUACUGUAUAAAUGUGUCAACGGGCUGCAAAGGCUGCAAGAGUCAAUUUUUCGCAAUGUAUUAAUCACAAGUUGCGAUUACGCUAACGUAGCGAUUAUCUGUAUAUUCAAUGUAUAUUAGGCAACUAUUUUCCAAUGAUAGGAUCGCUUUAUGCAGAAGAAGACUUGAAAUUAUAUUUUCAAAUAGACAAAAAAUGACAAUAAUAAUAUAUUAUAUAUAUAUAUUUAACAUAAUAAUAUUAUAAAACAAUAUUAUUAUCAUAUACGAAAGCAUUUUGAUGUGGAAUACGGAUAUGUGAUUCUAUUAUUUUUCAAAAAAAAAACAGAAUUUAUGUUACAAUCGCAUAAAUUUGUAGUUUAUUUUGAGAGAUUUUUGUAUGAUUUACUUCCAAAAAAAUAGUUCCAGUAUUAGUAGAUAUGUAAUAAGUAUUAAUGAUGAAAGAUCUUUGCAUAUUUUUGUAUGACUUUCGAAUCAAUUAUAUUAUAUUAAAUAAUUUUACGUUGAUUUUUAAUUUGUACAAGAAAGGGUCGAUGUAAAAGUCAAUAGUCUCGAGAACUCGCUAUUCGAACAUCUUAUUUAAAUAAUUUAUAUAAUGUUUUUGAUCGAGACCGAAUUUCGACGAUGUGUCUAUGUGUACUUGUCCUAUGUAUAAAAAUAAAAUAUUUGAAACAAUCA